AAGCACCUUACUAGUGGUAUCUAACCAUAGAGUUCAGGACUUAUUUAUAUUGCAAACGAAUGCUAUGAUUUUAUUUCUAAGACAUCAAUUUAAGGAUUCUCUACGUUAUGUUCAUAAUUACUUUGCAAAAAGAUUGUCAUACUGUAGCCAAGAAGAGCGUCUGUUUCCAAAUAUAUACAAAAAGGAGAGACGCCCGGUAAAAGAUGCCUUAGAUGAACGAACGAGGUCAGAGAUUUCAAGUGUUUUGAAAAAAGAUCCCAUUGACAUUAUUAAAACCAUAGAAAGAUCGGGUCUUAGAGGAAAAAGCUCAGGAAUACCUACUUUUCAGAAAUUGUUAGAAGUAAGAGAUGAACUAGCCAAAGGCAGCAGUAGCGAAAAAAAACGGAAGACAAGCGUUGUUGUCAUCAAUGCAGCUGAAAACGAACCUGGUACUUUUAAAGAUAGGAUGCUACUUCUUUACGAACCAUUGAAGAUUAUUGAAGGAGCAUUAAUUGCUUCUCAUGCCAUAGACUCGACCCUUUGCUACGUAUAUACUCGAAAAGAUUACUACGAAGAAAUGGUUAACUUACAGAAAGCAGUUGUACAAUCUUACGGAAGCAAAAUUUUAGGAAGAAAUAUUCUUGGAACCAAUACAAAACUGGAUAUUCUUGUUCACCCGGGUGCAGGUACUUAUAUCACCGGAGAAGAUUCUGCUUUAUUAGAAUCGCUUGAAGGACAUUUUCCUAUCGCAAUGCAAUUACCUCAACCCAUAAGCACAAAAGGUUUAUUUGGAUUACCAACGCUUAUGCUAAAUGUGGAGACAGCGGCUAAUCUAUCUAAAAUUCUGAAAAGAGAAUCAUUAAAUAAGGAAAUUGUCAACAGUCAUGAAACCAGAUUGUUUUGCAUCUCUGGAGAUGUGAAUAAUCCAGGUAUAACGGAAGAAAUAUUAUCUAUUCGCCUGAAAGAACUCAUUGAAAGACACGCAGGAGGCGUAAAAGGGGGAUGGGACUCAUUAGCUGGCGUGUAUGCUGGAGGCCCAGCUUCAGGGAUUUUAAAUAAGGAGCAAUGUCAACAAGCAACUAUGGACUACCAGACUUUGGAAGAACUUGGCUGUAGUCUUGGAAAUGGAUCACUUAUUGUGCUGAAUAAUCAAGAUCACGUCGUUGAUAGCCUCCUCAAUUUUUAUAAAUUCUACUCCAGUGAUACUUGUCAUAUUUGUCCUGUUUGCCGUCCAGGAAUUGAAGAUAUUGAGGAUGUACUGACUGAUUUACAACACGGAACUGCAGAUUUCAGUGAAAUACAGAAUAUACUUUCACGUUUUCAACAACCUACACAGGAAGGUAUAAUUUGCGGUUUCGCUAAUAAAUUUCGGCGCCCAUUCGAAACAUAUGUAAAUAACUUCCAACACGACCUCAUUCGACGAACUCGAUCAUAGCCAUUUUUUUGGUAAUUCUGUUUCAAAACAAUUUAAUAGUUUUUUUAAUAUAUAUCUUUUACUCAGUUCCA